AUGCCUUCUAUCAACAGCCUUCUUACCAUGGCUGCGGCCGCUGGUACUGCCAGCGCUGCCUUCCAGGGUUUCAACUACGGAGCUACCUUUACAGACGGCAGUGUCAAGGGCCAGUCCGAUUUCGAGAACGAGUUCAAGACUGCUGCUGGUCUUGAUGGUACCGACGGUGGCUUCACCAGUGCUCGUCUGUACACUAUGAUCCAGGGCGGUACACCUAACCAGCCCAUUUCUGCCAUUCCUGCCGCUAUCAAGACCAAGACCAGCAUGCUCUUCGGUCUGUGGGCUUCUGGUGAUGGCUUCGCCAACGAGAUUGCUGCUUUGAAGAACACUGCCGAUCAGUACUGUGACCAGCUCGAUGGUCUUGUCGCUGGUAUUUCCGUCGGAAGUGAGGAUCUUUACCGCAUUUCUCCAACUGGUCUCGAGAACAACGAGAACCCUGGUACCAACCCUGACGUCCUCGUUGACUACAUCAAGCAGACCCGUGAUGCCAUCAAGGGUACUUGCCUCGAGUCUGUCCCCAUCGGUCACGUUGAUACAUGGACUGCCUACGCCAACUCAUCCAACAACGCUGUCAUCGAGGCCUGUGACUGGCUCGGUAUGGACGCCUACCCUUACUUCGAGGAUACCAAGAGCAACCCCAUCUCCAACGGCGCACAGCUCUUCAAGGAUGCCUGGAACGAGGUCAAGGCCGUUGCCAAGGGCAAGGAGAUCUGGGUUACUGAGACCGGCUGGCCUGUGAGCGGAAAAACUGUCGGCCAGGCUGUUCCCUCUCUCAAGAACGCCCGAACCUACUACGAGGAAGUUGCCUGCCCCAUGUUCGGCGACAUCAACGUCUGGUGGUACACUCUCCAAGACGCUGCUCCCCAGACCCCCAACCCCAGCUUCGGCGUCAUUGGCUCUGAGCUCACCGAGAAGCCCCUCUAUGAUCUCAGCUGCAGUUCCGAGAGCAAGAAGGGUACUCUGGUCAGCCGCAGCGACGACAAGUCUGGUAACGUUGAGCACUACUUCGUCAGCCCAUCUUUCGCGGUCAACGAGAAGAACGGAACUGUUCCUGUUGUCCCUGUCGCCAGUGGAACCUCCACCACUUUGGUUGCUGCUACCCCAUCUUCCAGCUCUGGUACUGGUGCUGGUGCUGGGUCUGCUACUACUCCUGUUCCUGGCAGCGGGGCUGAGCACUUGAACUCUAUGGGUGCUGCUGCUGUUGCUGUUAUCCUUGCUGCUGCUCUGCUAUAA